AAAAUCAUAUUACAGAGCAUACAGCUGAAAGUUAUAUGCUGCAAUGGCAGCGAGGACAUAUAUCAAAUUACCAGUAUCUUCUUCAUCUCAACAAUCUGGCUGAUAGAAGCUGCAAUGAUCUCUCCCAAUAUCCUGUGUUUCCCUGGAUCAUAGCAGACUACUCUAGUUCAGUAUUAGAUCUGACAAAGCCUGAAACAUUCCGUGACCUUAGUAAACCAAUUGGUGCCCUGAAUAGGGAAAGGCUGGAUAGAUUAUUGACACGUUAUCAGGAAAUGCCAGAGCCUAAGUUCAUGUAUGGGAGCCAUUAUUCAUCUCCGGGUUAUGUUUUGUUUUAUCUCGUUAGAGUUGCUCCAGAAUACAUGCUCUGUCUGCAGAAUGGAAAGUUUGAUCAUGCUGACAGAAUGUUCAACAGUCUUGCAGAAACCUGGAAAAACUGUUUGGAUGGUGCAACAGAUUUCAAAGAGUUGAUUCCAGAAUUUUAUGAAAAAGAUUCUAGUUUUCUAGUAAACAGUUUGAAGUUGGACUUGGGAAAAAGGCAGGGUGGAAAGAUGGUUGAAGAUGUAGAGCUUCCCCCUUGGGCAUCAGGUCCUGAUGACUUUCUUCAGAAGAGCCAAGAGGCUUUAGAAAGCCAGUAUGUAUCAGAACAUCUUCACGAAUGGAUUGACAUAAUAUUUGGCUACAAGCAGAAAGGAAGUGAAGCAGUUGCAGCUCACAAUGUGUUUCACCCAUUAACUUAUGAAGGAGGAGUGGAUCUAAACAGUAUUAUGGACCCCAAUGAAAAAGUAGCUCUGCUGACACAAAUCUUGGAGUUUGGACAGACACCAAAACAGUUGUUUACAAUUCCUCAUCCCCGAAGGAUAAUACCGAAGUUGAAAAGUUUGUCUCGAACAUCUAGUCACAGUGUUUCCAUAACUGAGUCUCCAGUUUCUCCAAAUGAAGAAUCAUUUGAAGAUUUGACAGAAGAAACUAUAAGACUUGCUUGGAACAAUAUUGCCAAACUAAAAUUAGAUGACCAAUAUAAAAUUCACAAAGAGGCAAUUACUGGAAUAGCAGUCACUUGCAAUGGGUCUUCUGUUUUCACUACAUCCCAGGAUUCAACUUUGAAGAUGUUUUCCAAAGAAUCAAAAACAAUCCAGAGAAGUGUGUCCUUUUCAAACAUGGCUUUGUCAUCUUGUAUAAUCUUACCAGGAGAUACCACUGUCAUAAGUUCUUCAUGGGACAAUCAUAUAUAUUUUUAUUCAAUUGCAUUUGGAAGACAGCAAGAUAUCUUAAUGGGACACGAUGAUGCAGUCAGUAAGAUCUGUUGGCGUGACGGGCGUUUAUAUUCUGCAUCUUGGGAUUCCACUGUGAAGGUGUGGCACUGUGUUCCUGGAGAGACCUUGAGCAAUAAAAAACACCACUUUGAAUUGCUUGCGGAGUUAGAACACGAUGUUAGUGUGAAUACAAUCGACCUUAAUGCUGCAAAUACUAUACUAGCAUCUGGAACCAAAGAGGGUACCAUUAGUGUUUGGGAUGUUACUACAGCAACAGUGUUGCACCAGUUGCCGUGUCAUUCUGGGACUGUGUUUGAUGCUGCUUUUAGUCCUGACAGCAGACAUCUACUCAGCACAGGAGAGGACUGUUGUUUUAAAGUAAUAGAUGUACAAACCGGAAUGCUUAUAUCUUCUGUAAUGGCUGAUGAGCCACAGAGGUGCUUCAGAUGGGAUGGAAAUACCAUCUUAUCAGGAAGUCAGUCUGGUGAAUUACUCAUUUGGGACCUUCUUGGAGGAAAAGUUACUGAAAGAAUCAAAGGACAUACAGGUGCUGUAACGUCCAUGUGGAUGAAUGAACAGUGCAACAGUGUUAUUACAGGAGGGGAAGACAAACAAAUCAUAUUCUGGAAGCUGCAAUACUAAGUGCCUUUCCCUCCAGAUAUUUAAAUGAACUCUUAUUUUAAACCGGACCUUUUAAAGGAACUUAAACUGUGUGCAAUGAUGGCUGCUGAAGUUCAACCAGAUAGGAAGCUUUGUUCAACUACAACUUUCAAUGAUAUGGUGACUUCACUAAGAGCUCUUAAUUUCCAUAGUGUAUGCAUUUGUUUUUCAUGGACUAUCAUACUGAAAAUGCUUGUCUAAAAUGAUAUCUGAGAUGAAAUUAAAGACCUAUUUUUCUGUAAUUAAAGAGCUC